AUGAAUAUUCAAGAUCUCGACGCGGAGAGCCUCCGGCUCUUCAUAAAGCUUCAAUCCGAGGACUUGAAUUUACCUCAACAAUGGAAAACGCAACGCCAAUCAACCCAUGUCAGACAAUCAAUUGGCAAUGCGGAGCUUGAGAGCCUAGCAUCCUUCAGCGCGGACCAAGCCAUGUGCAGAAGUAUUUCUCACGCUGUAGCAGUAGAUGGUGCUGCGAUAGUCGCUCAUAGACGAGUUGAGCACCAGGCCAGAAGCGACCGACAGCAUGCCUUGGCCUUAAGCACAAACGGACAAACCGCCACAGCAACAUCAAAACAUUCUACAAGCUUGCCCAUGAAAAGACAUGGGGAGGGGAGUCCUCCUGCUUCUAAUAAACGCGUCACAGUGCCAACGCUUCCGAAAUCGAGCCUUGUAACAGGCGAAGGUCAAAAUGUCACGGCCACACCAAAGAAAGCCUCUUCGCCCUAUGAUUGUUUGGCCUGCUGCGAACGCAUCUACUACGACGACCUCACGACUUCCGGAUGUGAACAUCAUUACUGCAGGGCCUGCCUUGUAAACCUGUUUCAGAGCUCUUUUACGGACGAGUCGCUGUUCCCGCCCAAAUGCUGCCAUAAACAGAUUCCUUUCGGUUUGAAUCUAAGAUUCUUCUCUAGGAGUCUUCGUACUUCGUUCAACGAAAAGUCCAUCGAGUUCACGACACCCAACCGAACGUAUUGUCAUAUCAAGACAUGCUCGGCAUUUAUCCCUCCUUCCUCUAUCCAAGGCGAUAAGGCUGUGUGCAGAAAGUGUAACUGGUCGACUUGCACACACUGCAAAGGUUUAUAUCACGCUGGUUUUUGUCCUCAAGAUUCGGCUACGCAGGAACUUCUUCGUAUCGCAAAGCAAAAUGGAUGGCAGAGCUGUCAGUCAUGCCACAGAAUCGUGGAGCUUUCCACCGGGUGCAAUCAUAUUACUUGUGUGUGCAAACACCAGUUCUGCUAUGUGUGUGGAAUGAAGUGGAAGAGCUGCAAGUGCCCACAUUGGGAUGAGCAGCGGUUAUUGACCCGAGCAAACAACAUUGUCAACCGGGACGCAGGCGCUGGGGCGAUGGCUCCUGCGGUGAGGGCUGCGCAGAUUGACCGAGAGAGAACGAAUUUGAUACAAAAUCAUGAGUGCUUACACGAGAGAUGGCAAUCUCGGAGGGGUGCACAUCGGUGCGAGGAGUGUCACGACCGUCUGCCAUUCUUCAUAUUUGAGUGCAGACAAUGCAACAUCAUGGCGUGUGGGCGGUGCAGAUACAACCGCCUUUGA